CAAAGCCUGGACACCACAGCCACAGCGAAGGACAAAACAAUGGCGUCCUCAUGUACGCACGCCCUGGCCUGGUAGCAAAUCCAAGGAGGGAACAAGAAACCGCCUGCCUGAUCAACCAAAUUAACCAGACCACCAUGCACGCAGCAAUGGCACAUCAAUAUAAUUACACGGCACAGCUUACCAAAUCCUUUUAGACGAUUAACCCACCCUGCUGCGCAAUCUCGCUACGAUCAUGCAGGGCCGCUCGGUGGCCUCUGUCCUCCUCCUCCUCUCCCUCCAUGGACUCCUCCGCCCGCAGCUGCAGCUGGUGGCGUCCGCCGAGAUCGAAGACGACGUCGACGUCGAGACCGGCAGCUCCUGCCACCUCUUGGUCACCCCACCGGUCGUGCCGGACUCUGCGGAGGAGCGGCGCGAGCACUACCGCGCCAUGGAGGCCAAGGACCUGCUCCGCCAUCAGCAGAUUAUCCAGAAAGACACCGGCACCGGCGGCAGGAGGCAGGCGCGGGAGUCGUCCAAGCUGCCGGAGGUGAUGUCCGACGACUCCUCCAUGUUCGAGCUGCCGAUGCGGAGCGCUAUCAACAUCGCGCACGUCGGCAUGUACAUCGUGUCCGUGCGCUUCGGCACGCCGGCGCUGCCCUACAACCUGGUCCUGGACACAGCCACCGACCUGACAUGGAUCAACUGCCGCCUGCGCCGCCGCAAGGGGAAGCACUACGGCCGGCCCCGCGUGCAGCAGUCGCCUACGGUCAACACGCUGUCGGUGGACGGGGAGGGUGCGCCGGUGAGGGUGCUCAAGAACUGGUACCGGCCGGCGCUGUCGUCGUCGUGGCGCCGGUUUCGCUGCUCGCAGAAGGCGUGCGCGGUGCUGCCCUACAACACGUGCGAGAGCCCCAACCAGACCGCCUCGUGCAGCUACCGCCAAGUGGUGCAGGACGGGACGACGACGAGCGGCAUCUACGGGCAGGAGAAGGCAACGGUGGCGCUGUCCGGCGGGCGGAUGGCCAAGCUGCCGGGCCUCAUCCUGGGGUGCUCCACCUUCGAGGCUGGCGGCAGCGUCGACUCCCACGACGGCGUGCUCUCGCUGGGCAACAGCGACAUCUCCUUCGGCAUCCACGCCGCCAAGCGCUUCGGUGCCCGCUUCUCCUUCUGCCUCCUCAGCACCCACAGCGGCCGCAACGCCUCCAGCUACCUCACCUUCGGCAGCAACCCGGCCGUCAAGGCCCCAGACACCAUGGAGACCACGCUGAACUACAACCCGGACAUGGUCGCCUACGGCGCCCGCGUGACCGGCAUCACGUUAGGCGGCGAGCUCCUGGACAUCCCGCCCGAGGUGUGGGACCAGGCCAUCGUCGGAGCCGGCAUGGUCCUGGACACGGGCACGUCGGUGACCGGCCUCGUGCCGUCGGCGUACGCGGCGGUGACGACGGCCCUGGACAGCCACCUGGGCCACCUGCAGCGGGUGACCAACAUAGCUGGCUUCGAGUUCUGCUACAACUGGACCUUCACCGGCGAUGGGGUGGACCCGGCGCACAACGUGACGAUACCCAAGUUCACGGUGGAGCUGGAGGGCGGUGCGAGGCUGGAGCCGGACGCCAAGAGCGUCGUGAUGCCGGAGGUGGUGCCUGGCGUGGCGUGCCUAGCGUUCCGGAAGCUGCCGAGCGGCCCCGGGAUCUUCGGCAACGUCCUCAUGCAGGAGCACAUCUGGGAGUUCGACCACAUGGAUGAGAAGCUGAGGUUCAGGAAGGACAAGUGCAUCAACCAUCACCUGAAUCCAAACAAUAGUAAUCACGCCUAACCAUCCCAAUUCCAAUCCUUCCACUUCCAUCCCAUGCUGUUUGCAGCUUCACCUAGCUAGAUACACAACAGCAACACACGCUUGCAUUUUUUUCUCUAGCAGUUAUAGUUACAAAAGCCUGUGUUUGCUUAGCUGACACCUGGAAAAGAGGCUACAUACACACAGCUCUUGUAUAUUACAUAUAUAUAUUCUUCUUCUAUCGAACGAAACAACUCUUGUACUAUAUGAUAGCGCCACCAGCGUUCAGUUAACAGAAGGAUCGAAUUGAUGGUUA